CUCGUUGAAGACUGAUCUCAGAGCCAGAGAAGAAAAAGAACCAAGAAGAUUCUCCACCUUUCUUACACUGACCAAACUUCAGAAAACGAAGUUUGUACUUCUGGCUACACAGGCUGUACGUUUGUGUCUCUGCCUGAACUGAUGAUGACUGACCAGCUGCCGCCACAGCAAGGACAACUAUUGCUCAGCAAGGUCCAACUAGGAGGCGUAACCAAGCAGUCAAAAACCGACAAAGAUAGCCUAAAUGCCAGGGGCCAGUGGGAGAACAAGGCAGAGUUCCUUCUGGCUGUGGCGGGGCAGAUCGUCGGCCUGGGCAAUGUGUGGAGGUUCCCCUACUUGUGCUACAAAAACGGAGGAGGUGUGUUCUUUGUACCUUACCUUUUGUUCCUGGUGCUGUGUGGUAUCCCCUUGUUCCUCCUGGAGACCUCACUGGGCCAGUACACAAGCCUGGGAGGGGUCAGUGCCUGGAGAUCAGUGUGCCCAUUAUUUGGAGGCCUCGGCUAUGCCAGUCAGGUGAUGAUCCUGCACGGAUGCGUGUACUACAUUGUCAUUCUGGCCUGGGCCCUCUUCUACCUGUCGUACAGCUUUCAAGCGGAGCUGCCCUGGUCGCACUGUAACAACUCGUGGAACACUGAGGCGUGUUUCCUGUUUGACUAUCACAACCAGACAAGCAAUGUGAGCAGCCUGCCAGAGAAUGCCACCUCGCCUGUCAUCGAAUUUUGGGAGAGAGAGGUGCUGCACCUGUCCGACAACUUGGACCAGCUUGGCCCAAUUAGUUGGAAGCUAGCGCUGUGUCUCGCUGUUGUCUGGGUCGUCUGUUACUUCUGUGUGUGGAAGGGUGUCAAAUCCACAGGAAAGGUGGUGUACCUCACAGCCACCUUUCCAUAUGUGAUGCUGUUUGUGCUUCUGGUACGUGGUGCCACCCUUCCUGGCGCAGCCCAGGGCAUCAUCUACUACCUCAAACCCAACCACACACGCUUGGCAGACCCAGAGGUAUGGAUGGAUGCAGGUACCCAAAUAUUUUUCUCUUAUGGAGUCUGUUUGGGGAGUCUCACAGCGCUUGGCAGUUACAACAAAUACAACAAUGACUGUUAUAAGGACUCUUUUCUUUUAUGCCUCUUGAACAGCGGCACCAGUUUCAUGGCAGGGUUUGCCAUCUUCUCUGUGCUGGGCUUCAUGGCAGAGGAGCAAGGUGUGGAUAUCGCUACCGUGGCUCAAUCAGGUCCUGGCCUUGCCUUUAUCGCCUUCCCCAGAGCUGUAGCAAUGAUGCCUCUUCCGCAACUCUGGGCCAUCUGCUUUUUCCUCAUGAUCAUCAUGCUGGGCCUGGACACACAAUUUGUGAGUCUAGAGGCACUGAUGACGUCCGUGACCGACUUGUACCCCCAUCUGAUAAGACGUGGACACCGGCGGGAGCUGCUGCUGCUGUUUGUCUGCGUUGUCUGCUUCCUAGUUGGGCUGGUCAUGGUCACGCCGGGUGGUCUGUACGUGUUCCAGAUAUAUGAUCAUUUCUCCUGCAGUGGAGCCAGCUUGCUGCUUCUCUCCAUCUUCCAGUCUAUUGCAAUUGGCUGGGUUUAUGGGGCUGAACGCUUCAGUUCAAACAUCAAGGACAUGACGGGCCACAACCCCUUGUUUGUCUUCAAGCUGUGCUGGAAAUACCUGACACCAGCCGUGUGUACUGCUACCUUCCUGUUCUCCCUGUUGUGUUGGUCUCCGUUGAGCCUCGGGAAAGGCCUUGUUGCUCCGGGUUGGGCCACAGGACUAGGCUGGCUCCUCACCUUCUCCUCCGUGUCUCUGCUUCCCAUCUGGGCCAUCUAUGCAUUCGCCAUGACGCCCGGCACCAUCACACAGCGCUUUCACCGCUUGUGCAACCCCACCAUAAACUCGCCACAGGCAUUCCAACAUUUCGCCAACAGCGCAACCGCCUACCAGCCUGCGCUUUACCUUGCAGAGACGCCAAAGGAACCGAUCAGCGACAUCGUCCAGGAUAAAAGAGGGUAGAUCCUUCAGCACUGUGUCCAAAGAGCUUGACAAUUAGUUUUGGUUGGAAUUAUUCAAUCAUUACUGUUUGCAUUCCCAUUGUCACUAAUUAGGGUACCAAAAUAAUCAGUACUUGAGGGUACGCUCAUGUUAGUGUGCGAGACACACUGCUGUCUGUUAAGUUAACCACAGACAAUCAUUACUUCUGUGGGAAACAACAACAAAAAAAUGUAAGAAAUAUCAUGGAUAAGAUAAGAGCACCUGGGGAUAGGUUGAUUGGCAACACUAAAUUGGCCCUAGUGUGUGAAUGUGAGUGUGAAUGUUGUCUAUCUGUGUUGGCCCUGCGAUGAGGUGGCGACUUGUCCAGGGUGUACCCCGCCUUCCGCCCGAUUGUAGCUGAAAUAGGCUCCAGCAUCCCCCGCGACCCUGAAGGGAAUAAGCGGUAGAAAAUGGAUGGAUGGAUGGAAGAUAAGAGCAGGGAUCCCCAAACGACAGCCGUAUCCGACCCACCAGCAUCCACAAUCUGGCCCAUUUGAUGUACCAAAUUUAAAAAAAAAAAAAUGUAUAUACAUAUAUGUACAUAUAUAGUUAUAUAUACACUACCGUUCAAAAGUUUGGGGUCACAUUGAAAUGUCCUUAUUUUUCAAUGAAGAUAACUUUAAACCAGUCCUAACUUUAAAGAAAUACACUCUAUACAUUGCUAAUGUGGUAAAUGACUAUUCUAGCUGCAAAUGUCUGGUUUUUGGUGCAAUAUCUACAUAGGUGUAUAGAGGCCCAUUUCCAGCAACUAUCACUCCAGUGUUCUAAUGGUACAAUGUGUUUGCUCAUUGGCUCAGAAGGCUAAUUGAUGUUUAGAAAACCCUCGUGCAAUCAUGUUCACACAUCUGAAAACAGUUUGGCUCGUUACAGAAGCUACAAAAUAGACCUUCCUUUGAGCAGAUUGAGUUUCUGGAGCAUCACAUUUGUGGGGUCAAUUAAAUGCUCAAAAUGGCCAGAAAAAGAGAACUUUCAUCUGAAACUCGACAGUCUAUUCUUGUUCUUAGAAAUAAAGGCUAUUCCACAAAAUUGUUUGGGUGACCCCAAACUUUUGAA